AUGUGCAAAAAUUUGAAUGUAAAGGUUCUUCCUUAUUUCCAUUUUUAUCGCGGAGCCGAUGGACAACUGGAAUCCUUUUCCUGUUCACUCGCCAAGUUUCAGAAAAUAAAGGAUGCUAUUGAAUUGCAUAACACUGCUCGUUGUAGUAUCGGUCCUCCUAAAGAUGUUGGAGAUCUUAACUUUGAAACGCCAUCUGUUCCAAAGGAUGAACAGUCAGGGUCUUCUUCAACGUAG